AUGGCGCGUGAGUCUCAUGAACCCGGCUCGAGGUGUCCUUUGAAGAAGCGGAAGAGCAGCAGCAGCAGCGCUGCGGUGCAGCAGCAGCAAACUGCAGCAGCAGCAAACAUCCCCACGUGCAAGCUGCCCACAGAAGAGGAGGAGCAGCUUCUGCCGUAUUUGCCCCUUCAGCUCGCCAGCCAUCUGCAGCAGCAGCAGCAGAGGGUGGGGGAGCCCUCAGCUGCUGCUGCUGCUGCCGCUGCUGCGGAUCCUUUGUGCCCCUGCUGCAGCAGCAGCAGCUGCGGGUCCCCGCAGCUGCUGCUGGCUGGGGACUGGGAGUUGGGGUGUCUGGUCAGCUCAGUGCCCCCCGAAAUGAAGCCGCCCAAAAGAUACGAGCGGCUGCUGCAGCGGGUCACCAAACAGCAGCAGCAGCAGCAGGUGCAGCAGAAGCAGCAGCAGUCGCUCCCCGAGAGAGUGGAGAGGGCGUCGCGGGCGCUGCUGCAGCAGCUCUACAGCAGCAGCAGCAGGUGUACAUACACCCCGGCUGGGGCGCUGUGCUGGGAGUCUCUGCGGCGUCUGCCCCUGUGGUGUGUGGUGUAUCUACAGGACUUGUUGGAGUGUCUCUAG